AUGACUCGAUUCCGCACCUUCGCCGUCUCCUUCGUGGCGCUCACAGCGCUGCAAUGCACCACCGUCCGCGCCGCCAACUGCACGACCGACGAACAGUCCACUGUCGAUAGUGUCUACGCCAAUUUGGCCGCCGGCACCGCCUGCUCGGACCUCAUGUCGGACUCGGACGCCACGUCGCUCGAGUACUGUGGGCGCACGGACUGCCUCUCGGAGCUCAGUGCAGCCGUCGACGAGCUGCCGACCUGUGUGGGCGAAGACGAGAACACCCGCAAGACUGAGCUGCAGGCGAUCGUGGACUUUUGUGUCAAUGUGAACGAAGUGACCGACCAGUCGGCCUCGGGCAGCGGUCCCAGUACGGACCCCGUCGUGUCCGGUGCCUCGAGCGGUGUAUUGGCCACCAGUGCCGUUGUCGCGCAGCUUUUCAUGGCUAUCUACUUCGUCGCAGCAUUUUCAUGA